AUGAGCGAGAAGCAUCCUCUCCAGCGCCUCUCCUCCCCCGCCCCCACUUCCCUCUCCGCCCUCAUCCACAUCAUCGGCCUCUCCUCCUUCUUCUACUCCUUCAAAUACCUCUCCGACAACCCAAACCCAAUCAAUGAUUCCUACGGCUGGCACUUCCAAUUCCUGACCAUCAUUGGCCUCGCCCUCGCCGUCCUCACCUUCUCCACCGGCGCUCUAGCAGAUUUAAGCUCAUCCCCCACCCUCUUCCGCUUGAAAAACACGCUGUCGAUAUGCACCACGCCACUCGAAGUGCUCAUCAGCAUCCUCUACUGGACCCUCCGCACCGUGGACAAGAGUUUAGUCAUACCGGACUGGGCGCAGCUCCCUCUCCUGGCCGAUCUGAGUUUCCACGCCAUCCCCAGCAUCCUGCUGACCGUGGACCUGCUACUCUUCUCUCCACCAUGGACCGUCUCCACGACCCAAGCCUUCGCCUUGUCCAGCGUUAUCGCCUUUUUGUACUGGCCGUGGGUUGAAACGUGUGCGCAGCAUAACGGAUUCUAUCCCUAUCCGAUCUUCGACAUGGUGGGUACGAAGGGCCGGGUGGGGCUCUUCACCAUGAGCGCACUGGUGAUGACGGGCAGUACUGUGAUGUUGAAAGCUCUCUACGAGACGAUCAAUGGGAAGGAGAAAGAGACCGUUGAAAGGGAAGGGCAUGGGACGCCGUUGGACGAGAGCAGUCUUCCAGAGGCUGCCAGUGGGAUGGCGAAACAGGUCGGAUGGAUGGCCGAGGGCAUGGUAACAGACCGUGAGGAGCCGGGCGCUUUAGACGAGGGUAGCAUUCCCGAAGCAGCAGGCGGCAUGGCAAGGCAGGUCGACUACAUGGCCAAGGGGAUAAGAGACUGA